ACGAUUGCGAGUUUUAGAUGAGAGGUUGUUUGUUUGUUGCGUUGAUUAAGACUUAAGAGCCUUAAUCAGGAAAUGAAGUAGUUAAUCCCCGCUAAAGUAAAAAACAAAGAGAUGCGGAACUUGUUCAUUGUCAUAUAAGGCAUGUAUUUGAAGGUUCAUUUCCAAAAGGAUUAGAAAUUUAGACGCUUCUCUAACUCCGAUAACCAGUAUUUAUCCAAUUCACUCACUCUCUUGCAUAUAUACACCCAAACGCAUCUCUAGUAUCCAAUUCACUCUGCACUCUGCACUCUGCACUCUGCACUCUGCAACAACAUCCAUUUUUUUAAUUUUCAUUCACUUAAUUCCGCAACUUUAUAAUAUUCCAUUGGCUCAUUUUCUUCAAAAUCAAGGGCAUCAGAGUUCACUCCCGAUACCUCGUAUCGUGUCAGCGAGGAGAGAAAGAAAAUAACAAAAAGUGGGGAAAAAUGAAAGAUUCGGAGAAAGUAACGUGCGGCGCACAGGCACGCCCCUCGGCCUCACAGAAACUUAUGGUGUGGCUCAUCCUCUUCAUGUGCGUGACCUACAUCGUGUACAGUCUGAAGCUGGUGUCCACGCCGACUUCAACCACGUGCAGUCACGCGCCUUUCUCCGUCCAACGCCUCUCGGCCCCAAACGGAACGGCGAAGCGGGAGCGGAAAACGGAGCUCCGUCACGUAGUGUUCGGAAUCGCAGCGUCGGCGAAGCUGUGGGAGCAGAGAAAGAAUUACAUAAAGAUAUGGUACAAGGAGAAGGAGAUGAGGGGAGUGGUGUGGUUGGACGGUAGAGUGAAAAGCGAGGCGAAGGAAGGGUUGCCACGUGUGAUGAUUUCGUCGGACACGUCGAACUUCGCGUACAGGAACAAGCAGGGGCACCGUUCGGCCAUCCGAAUAUCGCGCAUCGUGUCGGAAACGGUGCGUUUGGGGCUGAAGGAUGUGCGGUGGUUGGUGAUGGGGGACGACGACACGGUUUUUGUGACGGAGAAUUUGGUGAGAGUUUUGAACAAGUACGACCACAGGGGAAUGUACUACAUAGGAAGCUUGUCGGAGAGCCACUUGCAGAACAUAUUUUUCUCGUACGGGAUGGCGUACGGGGGAGGGGGGUUUGCCAUCAGUUACCCGUUGGCGAAGGCUCUGGAGAAGAUGCAGGACCGUUGCAUUCAGAGGUACCCCGCUCUGUAUGGUUCCGAUGAUCGAAUGCAAGCUUGCAUGGCUGAACUCGGUGUUCCACUCACUAAAGAACUCGGUUUCCACCAGUAUGAUGUGUAUGGGAACUUGUUGGGGCUUCUUGGAUCUCAUCCAGUGACUCCAUUGGUGUCACUGCACCACCUUGAUUUGGUUGAGCCAAUCUUCCCGAACAUGUCUAGAGUAGAAUCCCUUCAACGCCUUACCAUACCAAUGAAGCUUGACUCAGCAUCUCUCAUUCAACAAUCCAUUUGCUAUGACACAAAAAGGAAAUGGACCAUUUCAGUUUCAUGGGGUUUUGCUAUUCAGAUAUUUCGUGGCAUAUUUUCUCCCCGGGAAAUUGAAAUGCCUUCUAGAACAUUCCUUAAUUGGUAUAAGAGAGCAGAUUACACGGCAUAUGCAUUCAACACACGCCCCGUUACUAGAAACCCGUGUCAAAAGCCUUUUGUGUUCUACUUUUCAAAGGCGAAACUCAAUUCAACAUUACAACAGACAGUGACUGAAUAUGAAAGACAUCGAGUUUCUCAUCCAGAAUGUCGCUGGAAGAUGGCCGAUCCUUCUGUUCUUGACAAAGUAGUGGUAUACAAGAAGCCAGACCCUCAUCUGUGGGAUAGAGCACCAAGGAGAAACUGUUGCAGAGUGAUGAAGUCGAACAAGAAAGGAAGGGUGGAGAUAGAUGUGGGUGUAUGUAGAGAUGGUGAGGUCACCGAACCUUAAUUGUUUCUGACAAGUGUUGAUUGAUAUUAUUAGCCCAUUAGGUUAUUUUCCUUAUAUUCUUUGAGCUUAUUUCUUCAUUUAUUGGGCAUUAACUUCAAGUUUUGUCAUUCUUCCCGGCCACCCUGAAAUUGGGUAGUUGUGGAAAGAAUGUACAUGUUGUAAUUCAUUGUAAUUGUUGUUAUUGGUUACAAAUUUGUAUUUUGAUUUAAUUAAGUUGCAAAUGAAAUAGCUCAGAAGUUCAAUUUGUAUUUA